AUGCGUUUCUCCCGCGUUGCCCUUGUGGGCCUUGCCGCCGUUGUCUCCGCCGAGCUCAGCACUUGGAACGACGUGGUGGGCAAUGUGCCCAAGUGCAUGAAGACAUGCCUAAACGAUUUCUACACCAAAUCCGGUUUCGAAGACGAGUGCGGAAGCUCCGGCUCAGCAGCUGUGGACUGUCUCUGCGGUGUCAAGGAUUCCUUCUCGGAUGUCCAGGACGCGGGCGAAGAAUUAAGCUCGUGUAUCACAAAUGGCUGCUCAACUAGCGACCUUACGGAUGCGUCCUCCCAGAUCUCGGGAUUUCAGAGCCGACUUACCAGCAUUAUGGACCAGUGCACCAAACAAGAAUCUGCCAAUGGUGCUGUGUCCGUGGUUCCUAGCUUUAAUACAAUGCUUGCCUCUGGGGCUGUGCUUCUGAUCGGUGCAGCACUAUAG